GAAAGCAUCAUUACCUCACACAAUGGCCUUAUUCGCAAGGUCGCUGGGCGGAUCCGCCCGGCUAAUGGCUCGGAGAGCCCCAAUCGCCAUCCCAUACCGUCAUUUCUCCGCCUCAGCUCCGACAUUCUUACCUGAAGACCCCCCCGACCCCGUUCCUCAGCGAGACCCUCGUCCCGAAGACCUGCCACCUGCGCCCGAGUACUCGCCGGAUCUGCUAGCCCCGGAGGAGCGGUCAAUGUAUGAUUUAAUGUCUCCGGAAGAGCGCCGGGAAUUCGAUGCCGAACAGAGCAAGCUUGUGGCGCAAUAUAACGACCCUGCAAGGCGAAAAGCCAUGUUUGCGGAGAUUGAGCAGGUAGUGAACGAUGUAAAUAAGCGGGAGCCUUUUCGAUUUACAGAACCUCAAGGGAAAGUCCGUGGUUUCUGGGCAAGGAACGAAGAUGAUGAAUUCGGUCUUGUUGAAGAUCAGGACGAAUUCUACGACGACGAAAUCACCUCCGCGGCCCACGCCGAGGUUGAGCUCCAUCGGGAAAUCAGAGAAUAUGCCCGGAUUGCUGCCUGGGACAUGCCACUUCUAAGCAAACUGGCCAAGCCCUUCACUCUUCCACCAGAAACCCACAUCCUCCGCUUCCGUUACACCACAUAUAUGGGCGAAUCCCACCCUGCAGAAAGCAAAGUUGUUGUCGAACUAUCCACUGCCGAUCUUGUCCCCAAGUACCUCACCGAACAGCAGCGCCUAACCUUCCAGAAGCUCGUCGGUCCGCGCUUCAACCCAGACACGGAUAUUGUCCGCAUGUCCUGCGAGAAGUUCAGCACCCGCGCCCAGAAUAAGCGUUACCUAGGAGAUAUUGUCAACACUCUACUUAAGGAAGCGAAAGAGGGCGACUCAUUCGCAGACAUCCCCCUCGACACCCGCCACCACAAACCAAAGAAGAGAUACCAAUUCCCGGAAUCAUGGAUCAUGACGCAGGAGCGCAAGAAGCAACUUGAGGCCAACCGUGCCGAGCGGAAACGUCUUGAGCAAGAGAGGCAGACUAUUGUGGAUGGAAACUCGGUCAUCGCGGAGGCUGUUCAAGCUCUCCCAUCCCUGAACCCCGCCCUGAAGGCCCACGCGACUGCAGAGCGUGAGAAGGUUGCUGUGAAAGUCGGAGGUAAAGCUCAAAAGAAGAAGCUACGCUAGGUGGGCUAUGGAUCCCACCGCAUGCUGAUGAAUGUUGUACAAUCUCUGUAUCAUUGCAAUACUCGGGGACUCGAGGAUGGCGCAGGGCCGUUAGACUUGUUUUUUCUCAUGCCAAUGUACUAUACUACUACUACUAUUACUUUAUUUUCUUCCUACAUACCUCUUAUCUUGAUAUAGUAGCCAACAACCUUUUUUUUUAGCUUUCAUUGGUUUUCCGCGAGUUGGAGCAUGUUUUAAUUCUUGAAUUGCAAAGCAAAAACUUGAACUAACUUCGAACGGCCUCCUUUUCUCCUCUUUUUUUUUUUUCUAAUUUUCCUAUACUUGCCCGCGGCCAUUUCAUUAAUCCACUAAACACAGUAUAAACGGAUGCAACCAGUAUAGUACAUAUUUAUGCCCAGGUAGUAACAACGAAGAGAGACAAACAAACAAAAGAAGAAG